AGUGUGUUUUAUCCGGUCACAGUCACACAGUCUCACAGAGACACAGGAAUGAAUGAGCACACUGCGCACCCACUCUCAAUCCUCUCACAUUCCUCCAACCUCCUCACUUAUACCACCGUUAAUCUCAGCAUUUGCUUUCACUAAUCACCCCCUAAUCGCUGCUUAAUCACUCACCUUUCUGCUGCUAGAUCUCGAUCUCCGAUGUGGUUGUUGCUGCUCCUCCUGUGCUUGUUCUCGCCGCCGCUGGCUCACGCAAUGCCGGUUCGAACCACCUUCUCCGCCAGGCUGGUUCACCGAUUCUCCGAAGAAUUGAAGCCGGUUCGUGCUCCCACCGGUUCCUGGCCGGACCGGAAGAGCUUCGGCUACUACAAGAUGCUUCUCAGCAACGAUUAUCUCCGCCACAAGAUCCGCCUCGGCGGCGCGCGCCACCAGCUCCUCUUCCCUUCUCACGGUAGCAAAACGAUGUCGCUUGGUAACGACUUUGGCUGGUUAUAUUACACGUGGAUUGAUAUAGGAACACCGAGCAUUUCGUUUCUUGUAGCGUUGGAUGCAGGGAGUGAUCUCCUUUGGGUUCCGUGUGAUUGCAUACAGUGUGCUCCUUUGUCUUCAAGUUACUAUUCCAAUCUGGUGCUCCCUGAUAUAUGGGGCAUCUAUUAUGCAGGAUAAAGAUCUGAAUGAGUUUAGUCCGUCUCGUUCGUUAUCUAGCAAGCAUCUAACUUGCAGCCAUCGGUUAUGUGAUGUGGGUUCAAAUUGUAAGAGUUCCAAGCAGCAGUGUCCCUACACGGUCAAUUACUUAUCAGAGGAUACAUCAAGUUCUGGAUUGUUAGUUGAGGACAUACUGCAUCUUCAAUCAGGGGAUGACGGCGUAUCAAACUCUUCUGUCCAGGCUUCAAUUGUUAUUGGGUGUGGUAUGAAGCAAAGUGGUGGUUAUUUGGAUGGGGUUGCUCCAGAUGGUGUCAUGGGUUUGGGACCUGGGGAAAGUUCAGUUCCAAGUUUUUUGGCCAAAUCAGGAUUAAUCAAGGAUUCUUUUUCCUUUUGCUUUAAUGAAGAUGAUUCUGGUAGACUAUUCUUUGGAGACAAGGGAACUAACACCCAACAGUCUACUUCAUUCUUGCCAUUGGAUGGAACAUUUUCAACCUACAUCAUUGGAGUGGAGGCAUGUUGUAUUGGGAAUUCAUGUCUUAAAAUGACAAGUUUUAAGGCUCAGGUUGAUAGUGGAACGUCAUUUACAUUUCUUCCCGGUCAUGCAUAUGGAGCAAUAACGGAGGAGUUCGAUAAACAAGUAAAUGCUUCGAGAUCUAGCUUUGAAGGAUCUCCUUGGGAGUAUUGUUAUCCAUCCAGUUCGGAACAGUUGCCAAAGGUUCCCAGCUUAACACUCAUGUUCCAACAGAAUAACAGUUUUGUGGUCUAUAAUCCUGUGUUCACAUUCUAUGACAAUCAGGGAGUUGUUGGAUUUUGCUUAGCCAUACAGCCAACCGAAGGGGAUAUGGGAACAAUUGGACAGAACUUCAUGACGGGAUACCGAUUGGUUUUUGAUAGGGAAAACAAAAAUCUAGCAUGGUCACCCUCAAAUUGUCAGGAUCUCAGUCUAGGUAAGAGGAUGCCCCUCUCUCCUCCAAACAAGACAUCAUCAGCCCCAUUGCCAACAGAUGAGCAGCAAAGAACCAAUGGACAUGCGGUUGCUCCAGCUAUUGCUGGAAGAGCUUCUCCCAAACCCUCAGCUGCUCCAUCUCGGAUCAUUUCAUGCCAGCUACAUUAUUGGCACAGCUACUGGUUUCUUCUAUUUCAACUUUUGUCAGCCUUCUACUGAGAUCCCUGCAUUCCCAUGUAUUUCUUGUAGCCUAUGAUAGCAUUACAUGUAUAUGUAAAUCUUCCUCCAUUUUGUCUCUCUAGCCUUGUAAUUAUUUCAGAGCUUAUAAAACCCAAUGCUGUUAUUUUUUAACUUGUCAGCAUUAUAUUCCUAGCCCUUGCUAUGAACCAUUUUUCUAUAAGAUCCUGCACUUUGUCAAGUGAGGUUAUGUAAAUUAAUUUGUUUGGUGUU